GCUUUGAAGGAAGAGGCCGAGGUGGCUGUCGAGCCCGGUCAGGUGCCGGCGGUGCUGUGUAAUCCGUGAAUUUCGAGCCUUCAAGAGAGGCGCUUUCCACAUUGGCGUAGGGAGACGCCCCUGGGACUCGGGGCCUGAGAGGCGCCAGUCCCCCCCCCUCUCUUUCCUUUAUAUUUUCUUUGCGAAGAAUGACGUUGUUUCAUGAUCCCGUUUCUUUAGUAGUUGCUAUGUGCUGGAUGCUUUUCUCUUUCCUUUUUACGUUCCGCGAUGGUGUGUAAAGGACGCGCCUCUCCAGACAUAGUUGGCAUCAGAGACAAAGGUGGCAGCUGCUGCUACUGCUGUUGAAAAUCAGACUGUCGGGCAGCCUUGUUACAGUUAUUUGUAGGCAGUCCGCUUGAGAGAAAGUUUGGACCUGAGGCCAGUCAGCUUUAAUGGAAACCUGGCCUAUUUUCCCUUGCGCUGUUUCAGAUUUCCUUUCCCCCUUUUUCUUCGUUCUCUGCCCAGUGCAUCCAUGUCCCUAGCACCUGUGAACAUUUUCAAGGCUGGUGCCGAUGAAGAGAGAGCAGAGACUGCCCGGCUGUCAUCUUUUGUUGGAGCAAUUGCCAUUGGAGACCUUGUUAAAAGCACAUUGGGACCCAAAGGCAUGGACAAGAUUCUUCUCAGUACUGGAAGAGAGGGCACAGUGACAGUAACCAAUGAUGGGGCAACUAUCUUAAAAGCUAUUGGAGUUGACAACCCUGCAGCCAAGGUUUUGGUUGAUAUGUCAAAGGUUCAAGAUGAUGAAGUUGGAGAUGGGACUACUUCAGUCACUGUUCUUGCAGCUGAAUUACUAAGGGAGGCAGAACUAUUAAUUGCAAGGAAGAUCCAUCCUCAAAUCAUCAUUGCAGGUUGGAGAGAAGCCACAAAAGCAGCAAGAGAAGCCUUGGUGAAAUCUGCUGUGGAUCAUGGUGAAAAUGAAACACAGUUUCAUGAAGACUUAAUGAGCAUUGCAGAAACAACUCUCUCCUCAAAACUGCUUACUCAUCAUAAAGAUCACUUUGCUAAACUUGCAGUGGAUGCUGUCCUUCGGCUGAAGGGAUCUGGUAACUUGGAAGCGAUUCAUGUCAUCAAGAAGCUAGGUGGCAGUCUAAUAGACUCUUAUUUGGAUGAAGGAUUUUUGUUGGAUAAAAAGAUAGGAGUCAACCAGCCAAAAAGAAUUGAAAAUGCAAAGAUACUUAUUGCAAAUACUGGCAUGGAUACCGAUAAAAUUAAGAUAUUUGGUUCCCGUGUAAGAGUGGAUUCUACGGCAAAGGUAGCAGAAAUAGAACAAGCAGAAAAAGAGAAAAUGAAGGAGAAGGUUGAGCGUAUUUUGAAGCAUGGAAUAAACUGCUUUAUCAACAGGCAAUUGAUCUAUAACUACCCAGAACAAAUGUUUGCUGCUGCUGGCGUUAUGGCUAUUGAACAUGCUGAUUUUGCUGGAGUAGAACGUCUGGCUCUUGUUACAGGAGGUGAAAUUGCUUCAACUUUUGAUCAUCCAGAACUAGUAAAACUAGGAAGCUGUAAGCUGAUUGAAGAAGUCAUGAUUGGUGAAGAUAAACUUAUUCAUUUCUCUGGAGUUGCUAUGGGUGAAGCUUGCACUAUAGUUCUGCGUGGUGCGACAGAGCAGAUAAUAGAUGAGGCAGAAAGAUCUUUGCAUGAUGCCCUCUGUGUUCUUGCCCAGACUGUGAAAGAUACCAGAACCGUGUAUGGCGGAGGUUGUUCAGAGAUGCUAAUGGCAAAUGCUGUCACAGAGCUUGCAAACAGAACACCAGGCAAAGAAUCGGUUGCAAUGGAGUCUUUUGCUAAGGCCUUGAGAAUGCUCCCAACUAUCAUAGCUGAUAAUGCUGGCUAUGACAGCGCAGAUCUGGUUUCUCAGCUUCGAGCUGCUCACAUUGAAGGGAAAACUGCUUAUGGACUUGACAUGAAGGCGGGUACCAUUGGAGACAUGGCAAGUCUGGGAGUGAUUGAAAGCUUUCAAGUGAAGCGGCAGGUUUUGCUGAGUGCUGCUGAAGCAGCAGAAGUGAUUCUCCGAGUCGAUGACAUUAUUAAAGCAGCUCCAAGGAAACGAGUACCAGACCGUUACCCCUGUUAAGUAUUCUGCAGGCAGUAAAGACAUGUGGACCAGAAAUGUGCGAAGAACUUACUUUUAACAGAUUACGGAAUAAAGGGUUGGCAUAUCUAGCAUUGGCAUCUGGUUAUUCAUUUGUUUAACUUAUAUUGUGUUAAAGACCAGUUCAUUUUCAAAUGUACAUCUAUAUUUCCCCACCAUUCCCUUCUCGUAUUCUGUAAUAAAAGUUUCAACAGUA